CGCUUGCCCCCGCAACGCCAAUUGCCAGCAUUAAAUUGAGUUUUUGCCGGUCAUUUCCCAAGUUUUGUCUUAUCUUUCGUCACAAGUGUGACUCAUAGGUAUUUCAACAAGAAUACACUAUUAUUUGGUUAAAGCCAGAACUUUAUUACAUUAGGCUGUCCUUUAUUGAAUUAGAAUUCAUUUUCUCUAUUUCUUGAAUUUUAAAACUCAAACUGCAAGAUGGCCUGGCUUCCGUUGGAAUCUAACCCUGAUGUGAUGAACAAGUUCCUCACUAACCUGGGAAUGUCGACUGAGAAGUGGCAGGUUUCUGAUGUCUAUGGACUGGACCCUGAUGUUCUAGCUAUUGUACCCAGGCCGGUACUGGCUCUAAUCAUGUUGUUUCCUUGUUCAGAUAAGUAUGAGGAGUAUAAGAAAGAGCAAGAAGAAGAAAUCACUAAAAAAGGACAGACUGUUCCAGGCAACUUAUUCUUUGUGAAGCAAUACGUACACAAUGCUUGUGGUACAAUAGCUCUUAUCCAUAGUAUUGCUAAUAAUCUAGACAGCAUCAAACUUGGCGACGGUCACCUGAAGAAGUACCUGGACGAUGCAGUGAAGCUGAGCCCGGAUGAGCGCGGCCACUUGCUGCAGAAUGAGGUGGGGAUCAUCGACACCCAUAAGGAGCUGGCGCAAGAGGGCCAAACCGCCGCACCCCAGCCCACAGACCCGGUCGCCUACCACUUUGUCGCCUUCGUGCACCACGACGGCAGCCUCUUCGAACUAGAUGGACGUAAAUCGUUUCCAAUCAACCACGGAUCAACCACAAGUGAUACUUUACUAGAGGAUGCAGUGAAAGUUGUGAAGCAAUACAUUGAACGUGAUCCGGACACUCUGCAAUUCACAUUGGUGGCUUUGGCUGCAGCUAAUGCAUAAACUAUGCUUACAUUUUGCUUCUUGAAGAAGUGGUCAACAUAAAAUUCAGUCAGCUCAGACUCAUAUGAAUGUCCCCUUUUGUGCCUCAUGUCACGAAUCACAUUACUUAUUAAGUUUUAAUUUCCAAUAAACUAGAUAUGAUUCAAUACCCAAUGCUUUUACUCAUAAUCUACACAAUAUCUUAUUUAUUGUUUUAAAUAAGUUUUAUUUAUUGUUGUGUCAGCAAAUUUUAAGCCUUAUAUUAUUGGUGCAUUAUUUUAGGACGUAUUUUUUAAACAAAUUCAUUUAUUGUAGCCCAUUGAAAAAGCUACAUAAUUAAUAUUUUUAGAAACGAUUUUGAAAUUGUUAAGUUAUCAACUUGCUUAGAAAUAUUGAACACAUAUUUUAGGUUGACUACUCCUUCAAUUACAAAUUGAGAUGUUGGCACCGUUCUUAACUGAGCUGAAAGGCAUUUGCUCAUUUUUAUGCUUGCAUUUUACAACGGCUGCCAAAGACUGUUGAGAGUUUUGUUCCUGAGUAUUUUUAUACAAUUUAUAUACCAGAAUAAUCGUCUAUAGCUUUUGGUGUUGAAAACACAUUAGUUGUAAUAUUCCAAAUAUUGUAUGCUUUAAAAAUGCUUAAUAAACUCCAGUUCUAUUACCUUAA